AGACCAUGGCCAGCCGCCGGAGCGUGCUAACUGACACAUCCACUAACACAGCCUGACACUGCUCAGACGACAGGAGCGACUAGCGAGGAGCAGCAGCAGCAGCAGCAGCAGCAGCAGACACCGGAUCCGUAGUUCCGAGUUGCAUAUAAAGCUCGCUACCGGCACUGGCGCUUCCACAGUAGUUGUGUGGCAACUAACGGCAGACACUUGUGCAGCAUGCGGCACACCAAGUCGAUGAGCUUACUCCUUGCCCUAAUCCUCACGGUGUCGUUGGUGAUGGGCCAGCAGAAGGUGAUGUUUCUGUGCGGCACCGAGCUGAACGAUGCACUGUCCACGAUGUGUGGAAAUCAUGGCUACAAUCGCAUGCUCAAGCGUUCCUUUGAUCCCACGGACUACAAUGAUAUUGAGGCUGGUUUUGGCUUGGCCCGCCUGGACUUUGACGAAAGCUCGCUGCUGCAUCGCAUGUUUGGCGAGAGCGCCGCACAGCUGAUGAAGACGCGACGUCGCCGCUUCGGAGUCUCCGACGAGUGCUGCCUGAAGCCCUGCAGCCUGCCCGAGCUGCUCAACUACUGCGCCAAGCCCCCCGGGCUGUAUGUCAAUUGAGGAUAAACAAAAGUGAAGCGGCAGCGCAUAAAAAUCUAUUUGUAAUUAUUUUAUUAUCGGACAUAGGAUAAUAGCAUUGUAUGAUGUUUGUUUGUAGGGCCAUGAAUAUUCCAACUGUCUAUAAAUUAUUCAA